UACAUACGAUAAUAUUAAAAUGUUUUGCAUUUGAUGUUAUAUAUAUUGUCUCUAUCUCCAACACAAACUCAUCAAGCAAUGGAUUCUUCUUCCGCCAUCAUCAAGCAACAAAGCAAGCAUGUUUUCAUGGCUGAGCAGGAGGAAGCUCAAGAUCAUCAUCAUCAUGAUCAUCUUGACUCAUCAUCAUCGGAUCAGCUUGCAACUGGCCCUUUGAGUGAUCUGUCUUCUCUCCUUCAACAACUUCCCAUUAAGAGGGGGCUUUCAAAGCACUACAAAGGGAAGUCGAGGUCGUUUACUUCAUUGUCGGACGUUAGAUGCAUGGAUGAUCUUGUGAAGGCCGAGAAGCACCGUUACAGCAAGAAGUUGAAGCCAUGCAAAAGCUAUGUAGGGUUAGUUCCUUCGUCGAGGGUCAUUUCGAAGAAGGGUUCAUGUUCUUUCCUCGGUGCAAAUAGAAGGCCUCCCAUCCCAGUACAAGUAGCAUCUCUAUCCAAACCGCUUUGUUAGCUUAAAAGGAUGGAGUAGCUAGAUUCUUUUUUAGAAAUUGAUCUGAAGUUCCAAACUCAUGUAUGUUUUCCUUGUUUAUCGGGAGACUUGCAUUUGUUAAUUGGAUAUAUGUAUACAUGGCAAUCGAUGCAGCACCAUACUGCACGCGCGUCAGAUUGAAGUUAUAUAUAUAAAUAUAUUUUCUUUGAA